GUUUAGCGUUUACAUAAUCCCCUCGCCAUGAAAACAAUAAUUCCAAUGUCCUAUUAAACAGAUUUCCCUGCUUCGUGUGGCCCACUCCACACCCCAGAUCCUUGUAAUCUCUAACCAUAUUUCAAACUCAAACAGUUUUCCUUGUCCCCAAAUAAUGUGACAAUUGUGAAAUGAUGACCUCUGUUUCCUUUUUUUCGCCUAUGCACUUUUGACUCUCUUUUCUUUUCUCGAAUUACAUCAUUCUUCUCCUUCCUUUGAAUGAGCACAAAAAGAAGACAAACAACAACAAAAUAAUAGAAUUUCAACCCCCCAGUAAAAAAGAAAAUGGCUAUAUCCUCAUCAUCAUCGUCCUCAAUGCAAGAUAUCUUCAAACAACGCAAAUACCCAUUCAUCUUCUCUUUUUUCCUUUUACUAAUCUUCGUAACUUUCCUCCUGAUUUCUAACUCCCAAAAAUCCCCCAUAUUCGUUGCCAUAGAUUUUGCUCAAAGCACGGCUCAAUCCAAAUCAAUAAUCCCUGAGUUUAAUAAUAAUCGUAACACUAGCUCAACUUCAACCCCACCUUUACACCAAUCCAAUGAAAUCGAUAAUACUACGAUCAACCCUGAUUCGUCUAACGUCCCCCUGAAUAAUUUUACGAUCGAUCCUGAGUCGUCUACCGUGCCCCUGAAUAAUUUUACGAUCGAUCCUGAGUCGUCUACCGUGCCCCUGAAUGAUUUUACGAUCGAUUCUGAGUCGUCUACCGUGCCCCUGAAUAAUUUUAUGAUGGACCCUGAGUCGUCUAAUGCUCCAUUGAAUAAUGUAACGAUUAAACAUGAGAACGAUACAAUGAUCAAGAACGACGGGUUGGAAACAUUCUCUUAUGAUUGGAAGCUAUGUCCAGGUCCAGUGGCGGUUGAUUACAUACCGUGUCUCGAUAACUGGCAAGCAAUCAAGAAAAUAAGAUCAAGAAGGCAUAUGGAGCAUAGGGAAAGGCAUUGUCCUGUUCCUAGUCCAAGGUGUUUGAUUCCGUUGCCGGUUGGUUAUAAGUUGCCGGUUGCGUGGCCUAAGAGUAGGGACAUGAUAUGGUAUAACAAUGUUCCUCAUCCUAAGCUUGUGGAAUAUAAGAAAGACCAGAAUUGGGUGAAAAAGUACGGCAAUUAUUUUGUUUUCCCUGGUGGUGGAACACAGUUCAAGGAUGGAGUGAAUCACUAUAUCGAAUUCAUUGAAGAGACUUUUCCAACAAUUGAAUGGGGAAAGAGUAUAAGGGCCGUUUUAGAUGUUGGAUGUGGUGUUGCCAGCUUCGGUGGUUAUUUGCUGGAUAAAAAUGUGAUUACCAUGUCAUUUGCUCCAAAGGAUGAACAUGAGGCUCAGAUACAGUUUGCCCUCGAGCGUGGAAUCCCUGCUACUCUCUCAGUCAUUGCUACUAAAAAGCUUGCAUUUCCAGACAAUGCAUAUGAUAUGAUUCAUUGUGCAAGAUGCAGGGUUCACUGGCAUGCAGAUGGAGGAAAACCAUUAAUGGAGCUCAACAGGAUUCUUAGGCCAGGAGGGUACUUCAUAUGGUCUGCAACGCCAGUUUAUAAGAAGGAUGAAGGACAUAAGAAUGUUUGGAAAGUUAUGGUUAAUCUGACUGAAGCAAUGUGCUGGAAGAUGGUGGCGAGGACCUACUUUAAAAGAGCUAGAGUCGGGCUAGUUAUAUAUCAAAAACCAGAUACAUCUUCCUGUUAUGAGAAUCGCAAAGUAAAUCAUCCCCCUAUGUGCGAGCAGAAGCAUAGGCUGAAUAGUUCAUGGUACACGCCACUGGACAGCUGCCUUCUACCAAUCCCCCCGAGUAGCUACAAGUGGCCUGCACCCUGGCCCCAGCGGCUCAACGAUAAACCUCUAAGUCUAUCCCUCGAAACAGAUGCUGAAGAAAUAUUCAAUGAGGAUACAAGACACUGGGCAGCACUGGUAUCAGAUGUGUACCUAGGAGGCCUUGCUAUAAAUUGGUCAAGUGUGAGGAAUGUGAUGGACAUGAAUGCAGGCUAUGGAGGAUUUGCUACAGCACUCAUUGAUAGACCACUGUGGGUAAUGAACGUUGUUCCUAUCAGUGGACCAGAUACCCUACCCAUUAUCUUUGAUAGGGGGUUGGUUGGCACAUACCAUGACUGGUGCGAGUCCUUCAAUACCUAUCCUCGGACAUAUGAUUUUCUACAUUCCAGCUUCCUCUUUGGAAAUUUAAGUCAUAGAUGUGACCUAGUGGAAGUCGCUGUGGAGAUGGACAGAAUGGUGAGACCAGGUGGAUACGUUUUAGUUCAGGACGCUAUUCAGAUGAUUAAACAACUAGGCUCAAUUCUGCGUUCACUUCAUUGGUCAGUAACUCUGCAUCAAGAGCAAUUUCUUGUUGGCAAGAAAGACUUUUGGCGCCCCAAAGACACUGCAAGAGAAUGAAAGCCCCAUCAGUGUUGUAUAUUUUACAGUGAUGUCUCGAGUUUAUGAGGAGAGAAAGAAAACAAAAUAUAGUUCUCAACAAGUUAGAGAAAAUUUUCUUCUGAAUGUAGCACUCAUUCCCCCUCAAGGAAGUACUGAAAUUAGUACACAUUCAUACUUCCUAAGGGAAAAGUGAUUGUCUUCUCUCAAAAUGAAAAGAUAAAUUGCUCCUUGGCGUACUUA